AUGCCUACUGUUAUUUUAUUAGAUGUAUCUCUUUCUAUGAUAAGACCUGUAAUUCAAGCUGAUACAGGAGAAAGUUGUACGAUUUUACAACUUGCCAUUCAUGGCAUAAAUUUUUUAUUAGACUAUUUAACGACACAUUUAAAAUUAGAAUUUGUGUCUUUGAUGUCAUUUUCAUCAUCUUAUGAAGUGUUGUGUCCUUUUACUAGAGAUUUUGAAUUAAUUAGAGCUAAAUUACCUAAAAUAGAAGAACAAGAUAAAACAUGUAUUGAAUCAGGUUUAGCUGGAGUAAAUUCACUAAUUUUAUCUGACUGGGGAUCUUCAAUACCUUGUCAAAUUAUUUUAAUUACCGAUGGAAGUAUAGGAGUAGGACAACUCAGUUUAAAGCAAAACUUGAAUAAUAUCAAUCAUAAGAGUAAUAAUAAUUUUCCAUUACCUUUUCCAUUCCCUGGUAAAUUACAUAUAAUUUGUUUAAAUCCAGGAAUUGGGUCUUCUUGUGGAAUCAAUUUAUUUCAUAGGUUGGCUGAAUAUGCAGGCAAUGAAGCAGGUUCAGUUUUAAUGCCGGAAGGAGGAGUAAUAACUUCUAAAUCAGUGCAAGCAGUUUUUCAAAAACUUUGUGAAACUAAUUUUUCUGCAUUUUAUGGUACUCUAAAAUGUGGUAAUCUGACUGCUAGAAUUAGUUUAUCACCCGUUCCUCAACCCUACACAAAAAUUACUGAUUUUGAGAGUGUUACUAAAACUUUUUCUGAUGUAAUUGAAGUGUGUGGAUUUAUUGAUACUUCUGAUGUUGGGAGUCCAAUGGCUGUUUCAAGACAUUUAAUCGUACCACAGCCAUCUGGUAAAGGAGAAGUGUCAAAGCCAAAAUUAGAAGGAGAUUCUGACGAAGAAUGUAUUGACGAGGGAAAAACUCCAUCUUUUUGUGUUCUUUUACAUGGUGCAUUAAAAGUUGAAAAUAUGGCAGCACUGUGUACCGUUGCAGAUGAUUGGUUUGGUAUAAUGUAUUCUUGGGCUGAUAGUAAAAAAAAAUCAAAUUUAAUGUUGACUGUUUUGGAACCUGGCUCAGAUGCAGUGCCUUGGCUAGGUGAUUUAAAUUAUUUAGGACCCUUAGAAGAAUUUUUAGAUUCAUCUUCAUGCCAGAAUAGUGAAAAUGUUCCUUCAUUACCAGUAAAACCUGCUGAUAAAAGGAGUUAUUCACAAAAUGUUGUUGUUUGGGUUAGGCAAGCGGGAUUACAGAGUGAUAUUCAAAAAAUUCUUCGUCAUGCCAGGAAACUACCUGAGAAAACUCAACAAUUUUACAAAGAGCUAAAUAGAGUUAGAAGAGCAGCCAUCAGUUUUGGUUUUGUUGAACUUUUAGAUGGAUUGGCAUUUAUUUUUGAAAGGGAAUGUACAUUGCUACCUGGAUCAGCUCAUCCAGAUUGUGCUUUACAGCUCACUCAUGCAGCUCAAGUCUUAAAAAGAUCAUUUAGUAGGGAUAUUAAAUAUAAUAUUACACCCAUGAAAACAAAAUUUCAUAAUGAAAAUGAAUAA